ACCACACGGUGGAGGGACAUGUGAACGAGCGGAUAGGAUAGGUUGAGGGUCGUGAGUGGCCGUUGACCCUGCCUGUGCAUGUACCUGUGUGGUAUGCCGGCCGUACGAAGCAGCGCGACUAGACAGGCCGGAAUCCACACAUCGUAUCCGUCCACAUUAUCGUCCGAGUGUUUACCUGACCAAGAUGAUCUGAAUUGCGCGAAUGUACCGGGGACUUUACCAGCGAAUGCAGAUAUUUCACCAGCAGCGAGGGAUCUUCUGAAACGGCUCUUACAACCGGAGCCUCGUUUAAGGCUCCGAAAUCUCCUCAGCCUUCAAAGGAUCGCUUUUUACAUGGGUUACGAUAUUCAAAGUUAUAUGUUGAAAAAGGAAUCGCCAUUCCGGAUUCUAGGAGUGAAUAACCGACGAGAAACACGGCAAAAAAAAGUGGAUUCUUUUGAUCACGAAUUUCCAAAUUUUGAGUCGUUUCCAGGUGGUAACGCUACGAGGACGAGUCAAUGAUCUCAUAAUGAUAUAUAUCUUUCUCUAUCUGAUUAUAUGUAUAUCUUUUAUAAAAAAUAUUUUUUCUCGUGCGUAUUAUAUAUAUACAUUUUUCAAAGCGCACGCACGUGUGUGUAUACGCUUUGAAAUGUAUAAAGCACACGUAACAAAGUUAUUUUCGAUAAAAUUUGCAUCAGAAUAAUUUUUUAUAUAAAUAUUGAUUGAAUAUUUGGAGCGAUGUAUUCGUCGAAUCUUAUAAUCUAUUUAAUGAAUCUCAAAUAGAGAAUUUCAGAUUAAGCGACUUAAAAAAAAUACAUUUUCUUUUAGUACAUUACUCAGGUAUAACAAUAUGUGAUAACAUUAAUAGUAUAUUGAACAAAAACAUCUUGAUUUUUAUU